AUGGCAACACUAGCAGCAGCGUCUGAAGCCAACAAGGCGACCAUCACAGCUCAAGACGUAGUCGACGUGGUUGGAUCCCUCAACCUUUCACUGCCCGAGAGGGAUAUCGCCCAGUGGCACGACAUUAUUGCCUCUGUGCAGGAGUCCAUCGACGUGGUCAGUUCUCUCCCGGACUACCUACCCCAUGCCGACACAGAACAAUAUCCGCGAAGCAACAUCCACCGGCCACCUCCAGAGGACAAUCCAGGAAACGCGUGGGCGUGGAAAGUAAGGAUCGAGGGCGACAAGGACGAAGGAGCUCUCUUGUCGGACGUCACCUUCGCUCUCAAAGACAAUAUCGCGGUCAAGAACGUGCCCAUGCUUGUAGGAACUGACGUCUUUACCGACUACGUUCCAGACACCGACGCCACCGUGGUCCGGCGGAUUUUGCAAGCCGGUGGCACCAUCGAAGGGAAGGCCGUCUGCGAGAACUUGUCGCUGUGCGCGUCGUCGUUCUCUGCGGCGACGGGCAACGUGGAGAACCCCUACGCAGAAGGCUACACGACCGGUGGCUCGUCGAGCGGAUGCGGGCACCUGGUGGGAGCCGGCAAGGUGGACGCUGGCAUCGGCGGAGACCAGGGAGGGUCGAUCCGGUUUCCAGCCAGUUACUGCGGCAUCGUAGGCAUGAAACCCACCUGGGGUCUCGUGCCGUGGACGGGCAUCGUGACGCAUGACCCGGUCCACGACACAGCCGGGCCCAUGACACGGACAGUCGCGCUGAAUGCCAGAGUCCUCCAGGCCAUCGCCGGCAGAGACGACAUCGACGACCGACAGUACGCCUCACCACCGCCUGCAGAUCUGCCCGACUACUCGGCUUCCCUGGACAAAGGCGUCUCGGGGCUCAAAAUCGGCAUCCUGCAAGAAGGCUUCGAGUUCCCUGUGAUAGACCCGAGAGUGAAGGAGAAGGUGCUGGAAGCCGCGGAGCGGUUCAAGAGCCUUGGGGCCGAGGUGGUGCCGAUCAGCGUACCUCUGCAUACCCAGGCGGGCCAUAUCGUGAAUUGCGCGUUGCGGCCGACGGCCUCGCAACAGGGCUACCUCGGCAAAGCCUGUGGGCGGAGGGGGUUGUACAUGACGGGGCUGACGGAGAAGAUGACUCCGCUGACCCAGGACAAGUUUGACAAGAUGUUCUCGACGUCCAAGUUCACGCUCAUGUCGGGCCUCUACAUCUGGUCGCGCCACCCCACUCUGUACGGCAAGGCCAUGAACCUGUACCGGAGGUUGAAGGACGAGUACGACGCGGCGCUGAGCCAGGUUGACGUCCUCGUCACGCCCACCACCCCGUACGUCGCAAACCGGCACGCGCCAAAGGACGCCGGGCCGGCAGAGCAGAUGGCCAAGAGCCGCGGUGUGGCCGUCAACACGGUCUGUUUCAACGCCAGCGGUCAUCCGGCCAUGAGCUUGCCUGUCGGCUUCUGUCCCGCCGAAGACGACGAGAGCGUCAAACUGCCCGUGGGCAUGCAAAUAGUCGGAGGCAUGUUCCAGGAAGAAAUGAUCUACCGGGUUGCUGCGGCAUGGGAGAAGGCGUUCGAUUGGAAAACAUUAUGA